AUGCCGCCCGCGAGCUCCUCGUUUACGCCCCUUAAUGUGGUAGACGACGUGGUACCGGAAUGGCUGGGCUCCUUCACCCUCGCCGCGCCCCCAAACACGGAUCUCUGGAGGAAGCCGCAAACAGGAGACACGGUGACGGCGCCGAUACUCUAUACCGCGUUGCGCAACCCUUUUAUAGCCGCAGAGGUCACCGUUUCCUCAGACUGGGAGCUUGAGUGGGAUCAGGGAGGGUUAGUCAUCUUUGCAGGCGCACCGCCAGGCCAAAUACCGCCGGCAACAGCGGAGGCGAAUUCGACGACGACUCCUCCCGAGGUGCCGAAUAUUGCAGAUAUCACUCUAGAAGACAGCGAUAGCAAUAGCACCAGCGCUGCACCCAGCCCAGCGACCCAACACGCGCAAACCACCAGCAUACCCAACCCAGAAACCUUUGUCCCAUCACCAGACUCUCAACAACCCCAAGACCCCAGCGUCGCCCCACCCGCCUACUACGCUCCAGCCCCGGCCUCAAAAUGGGCAAAAGUCGGCCUCGAAUUCUCAAACAACUGCUCGUACGCCACCUCGGUCGUGGCAAACUGCGAAGGCGCAGACUGGUCUCUCAGCGCCCUCCCGCCACACCAGCAACGGCGCCUCGCGCUCCGCGUCAAGAUUGAACGCAUUGGCUAUGCGCUGUGGGUAUGGUACGAGGACGAGCUGCUCGGCUGGAAGAAGCUGAGAGAGGUGACGUGGUUUUUCUGGGGCGUGGAAGAUAAAGCUGUACGUGUGGGCGUGUACGCUAGUCGACCGGCGAAUUUUGGCAUCUCAGCCUUCGAGAGGAGGGCGAAUGGUGGCGUGGGCGGGUUGAAUAGUGGGUCCAGGAAUUUGUAUGUGGAUUUUGAAGGGUUGGAAAUUAUGUAG